UCUUCUCUUCUCUUUAAGCGGAUGAUUGGAACCCUAGUAGCCCUUUUGAUGUAUGUUUUUGAUUCUAAUGGAGGCUGCUGCAAUCUCAAUCUUUGCCUGGUUAUCAAUCUGUUUGUGAAGUUGUGAGUGUUGCUUGUCCCACAAGAAACCCUCAAUGCUGGUCGGAUUUGAAUUCUGAGAGGAAGACUAUGAGACUUGGGAAACAGGAGGAAGGGGAGAUGGAGAGUCUAUUAGAUGAGAUCCCUCACGCCAUUAACAUCAAUGAUUCUCGUCAUGGACUGCCUAUGGAUGCCUUGUUUGGCAGGACAAGUGUCUCUGAUGACUCAUCGUCACCGAUUUUCCAUGGUUGGCUUCAAUCCCACAACAAUGGUUAUGUUCAUGGUGAUGGCAAUGGCAAUGGCAAUGGCAAUGCAUGCUGGUCAUCGCCCAUAUUCUCUGAUUGCUCUUCAAGCUCAGGCGAAGACCGGAUGCUGGAUGAACAAAGAUUGCUUGAUGGCAUUCGAAACAUAAGCAUUGGCCGACAAGCAAUGGCUGCAUCGAUGGUCAGGUCUAAUUAUAACAACUCUGCAAGGAGAAGCUCUCCUGAAAUGGAUCUUGGGCCAUCUCAAUGCCCUUUGUGGGGAAUGGAGGGGUUCAGUGGUAAUCACAAUGUGAGUGUUUUCUCACCUCCAUAUCAGCCUCGUACUGCCAAAGGAGCCUUACAGUCACAGAAGAAUUUGUGUAAUCUUGAUUGUGAUGUGGAUGCUUUGAAUUCUUCGAGUCCAAGAUCCCCUUAUGAUGUGCAUCCUAAGGUGAAUUAUAGCUUACCUCUUGUGAAUGAAGAGGCAAGAACAUUCCAUGGCAAUGGAAAUGGGAAUCCAAUCUCCUGGUUGUCAUCUAUUAAGAACUUGUGUAAUGUGGAGGAUUUUGAUAUUGAAAGCAGUUUGAUUAUGCAGGACAAAGGGUUGUAUGGUCCGUCAAAUGGGCGGAAGGCACCACAGGCCAAUGACCAGCUUCCUUUAGGUGGCCUUGGUGGAGUAGUGAAUUAUGGGAGCAGUCCUCGCCAUAAUCGUUCUCCAAUUCAUCCUUUGUUAUAUGAGCGGUGGGUGGAUGUUGAAGGGUACAUCUCCUACCUUGCCAAAGACCAACAUGGGUGUCGGUUCUUGCAGCGGAAGUUUGAUGAUGGGAAAGAUCAAGUCGAUAAGAUAUUUAAUGGGAUUAUUAAUAAUGUCGCUGAGCUCAUGAUUGAUCCUUUUGGGAAUUAUCUCAUGCAGAAGUUGUUUGACGUGUGUAGUGAAGAGCAGAGGAUGAGUGUCAUCCUUGUACUCACAAAAUAUCCUGAUGAGCUUGUCAGAAUAUCUCUGAACAUUCAUGGGACAAGGGCUGUCCAAAAGCUGAUAGAGACUAUUAAAACCAGGCAACAGAAAGCUCUGGUUAUGUCCGCUCUUCAACCAGGGUUUCUUGAACUCAUCAAGGAUCUAAAUGGUAAUCAUGUGAUACAGCGUUGCCUGCAAUCUCUUACCAAUGAGGAUAAUAAGUUAAUAUUUGAUGCUGCUGCAAAACAUUGUGUUGAUAUUGCAACACAUCGACAUGGGUGCUGUGUCCUGCAACGCUGUAUUGCUCAUUCAGUUGGAGAGCAUCGUGUGAGACUGGUUUCUGAAGUUUCUCUUAAUGGGCUCCUUCUAGCUCAGGAUCCUUUUGGAAAUUAUGUUGUUCAAUUUAUUCUGGAGUUGAAGAACCAAUCAAUUCUUAUGAUCCUGGCUUCUCAAUUCGAAGGAAAUUAUGUGCAACUCUCAACUCAGAAGUUCAGCAGCAAUGUGGUGGAAAAAUGCCUCAAGUACUUCGGUGAAGAAGCCCGUGCAAAGAUUAUAUCAGAACUGCUUACAGUACCUCGAUUUGAACAGCUAGUGCAAGACCCAUAUGCAAAUUAUGUCAUUCAAUCGGCUCUUGUAAAUUCUAAGGGCUCUCUCCGUGCUGCAUUGGUUGAAGCUAUCCAACCACAUGCAUCGGUGCUUCGAACAAGCCCUUAUUGUAAAAGGAUAUUUUCUCGAGCUCUGCUGAAGAAGUGAUGUAAAACUGUGAGUUCUGUAGAGCUGUGUUGUUGUCUUCCAUGUUCACUAGUAGUGCUGUGUCAUGGUUUAGAAUCCCAACUCUAAGAGUCUGCUGAAGCCCAUUGUUUGGCUUUCAGCUUUAGGGUUUGUAAAAAUAAGCAAUUUUGCGUCCUGCUGCUUAUUGCUAUGUAUUUGAUGUGAAUUUCUUGUGCAUCAUCUGUAGUAUUCUGCUGUCUUUCAUAUUCAGACUAUCAACUUAUCGACUUUCUCUUCGUAA